UAUCAAUCAACAUGCAAACAAAACGUAUGAAUUUGAAAUGACGCUUCUGGGAAAAAUACCCCAAAAAUCAUCCUGAUGGUCGUAAAAGCACACAGUCUACGACAUGUCCGACCUUGAGCUGGUUAACGUGUUCAACACCUUGUACAUACUCAGUUGCCGUGUGGUUAUCCUAGACGGGCGCUAUAAAGUGGUGUUUCGAAAUCCAGCUACCAUUGCCGCAAUCCCGAUAAUUUUAGGCCUUAUUAACGCAUUCUGUGGAGUUUUAAUCUUCAAUGAACGAUUGAGCAUUUUCAUGAGCAAUGUAGCACAGCUCAGUUCUCUGGCUCGUUUUUUCGCAAUAAAUUUCACAGCUCCAGUUUUGGGCGUGCUGUUUCUGUUGGAUCGUCACAACAUCUCAGACAUGAUGCAGCGGAUUAUUCUAUUCGACGAACAUUUCAGAAAAGCAACCAACAACUGGCAAACCAUCGUUCGUCUGCGAUUGGUGCGGGCGCAGCUCAAACUUAUAGGCAUUAUCUACAGCCUGAUGAUUGGCUUUCGGUUGCUCAUUUGCGUACUCUUCUUUGACAAGUACGGACUCUGCACCACAGUCAUGCUGAUAUCGUCUCUCUGCCUAGAAUUACAAUUCUGUCUGCAGAAGGUCUUCGUACAGUCCUUCGCUGAACACCUGACGAUACGAUAUCAACUUCUCCAGAACACGCUGAUCAGCAACAGGCCCGAUCGCAAGCGAUUGAUUCCGUCAUUAAAGCUAUACGAUCGACUAAUCUCCAUGCAGCAACUGCUGGCCAAUAGUUUUGGCGUUCAAUUGCUGCUGUCCACGUUGAUGCCCUUUGUGAGCUGUGCCGUCGUAACGUAUGGAAGUCUGCACUUUCUUACGCUGAACGUGGCUGUGGUUCAUUUAGUCAUGGAGCCAAUCUAUGUGAUUCCGAGUAUCGCCUUGUUUUUCGGGUUCGCCUACCAGUUUGACCGUCUGGCUGGAGCGGAACAAGAGUUUAAAAAUGCAAUCAAAUCGCUUCAGUACGAAGCCACGGAGGAGCAUUCUGAGGACUAUCUGAACUUUCUCGACCUAAUCAACCUCAAGCUGAUGACGGAAUCGCCCAAAAUCACCGCCUGCGGACUUUUCACCGUAAACUUGCAAGUCUUUUACAAUGUGUUUGCCGCCAUCGUCACCUACAUCAUGAUACUGUUCCAGUUCAGGGAUUUCGAAAAGUGACUUUACAAAACGUGUACUUUCAGUAACAAAACAAUAAAUGUACUUAAACAUCUAGUCAACAACA